AGUUAAGUUCUAAUCAACUUAACCUGUUCUUGAUGACCAUUAAAAUGACUACUGUGCAAUAUUUUACAAUAUAUGGUGCAGAUAUGUGUCUGAUUUAUUAUUGUUAUGUGAUGGAUUAAAAAAAUUAUGAUGGAUGUAUAAUCGUGUUUUGUCUGCCAUAUAUCAGAUUUCACAUGGAGUCGUUCUCAACAGAAGACGUUUGUACCGUGUGGUAAGAUACAGUUAUCAUGCAGUUAUCUGACUUAUGUUUGUUUUUGCAAAUGUUCUUUAUGUAUGAUAUUUGAUUUUGUGGCUGUGUUUUGCUCUCUCUGGAUAAUAACUCUCUCUUUCUGCUCCAGAAAGUCGUUUAGUUUAAACUCGACUGCAAUCCAUUUCAUUUUGUGCUCCACUAAAACUGAUCUUUAAUUCUCCCUGCAGCUACUGCAAUUGAUGAGUUUUUCAUAAUUAUUCCCUUUGCAGCUUUUUAACUUUUCAUGAGAGAAGGAGCAAUUUCACAGCUUUUAUUGUGUUCUGUAGAGAAGUGAGAUAUAAGAUAUUGAUAUUUGUGUGGUUUAUGUCCUGCGCUGCCUCGAAUGUUUGAUAUAAAAGUGCAUUACACAUUCAGCGUGCUUACAAAAGGCCUGAUUCAUCACCCGUGUUCACUAAUAGCUUUGUGUAGUUAAACUUUACAGAUUUUAGUCUCUGUUUCUUUAGCAACAAAAGUUAACAAAAAGGUUUCAAUGCAUGCAUUAUUUAAAGUAUUGAGAAAGCGAGAGAGGUAGAAAUACUGUUACGGUGCUUGUGUAGGUUUAAGUCCCUGUUAGCAGCUGCUGGUUGUGUCCGGAUGCUUUGAGAGAAAACUAUUGCAGGAGAUUUUGAUGUUUAGAUUUCUAGUAAUUUCCAUAAAUACAAAUCUCCAGUAAUCACAAAUGUCACUGUAUUUUUAUGACUCAGGUCAUGGUUCAAUUGUCAUACUUAGAAGGGAGAAGUUAUUAUGUAAGUUUAGGCGACCAUAAGUCCUAGUAGACAUCCGUGACACGCGGAGUGCCCCAAGGCUCAAUUCUAGUACCGCUUUUGUUCAACCUGUAUAUGCUGCUACUGAGCCAAAUAAUGAGAACCAAAUUCCAAGUUACUUACAACCUGUAUUGAAAUGAAAUUAUAUGAGAUUAUACACAGUCCCAAACUAUCCAUUAGUCUGAGUGAGUGUUGGGAUUACAGUAAUCUCUGCACAUAUUAACAUUAAACAUUACUGCGCAGACAUUGUGGGGGUUUUGUUGUUGUUGUUGUUGUUGUUGUUGUUGUUGUUGUUAAAAAUGUAUUCACUGCAAAAUGCUUUUCUUAGUAUUUUUGUCUUGUUUCCAGUCUAAAUAUCAAAAAAAUUCUUAAAUCCAGAUGAAUAGAUAAGUAACAUGACAUAAGAUAUUCUUAAAAUAAAGUGAUUUUUCGCUAAAAACAAGAAAAAUUAUCUGCCAGUGGGGUAAGAAAAAUAAUCUUGUUUCUGUUUAGAUUAUUUUUCUUACCUCGUUGGCAGAUAAUUUUGCUCGUUUUAAGCAAAAACUCACGUCAUUUUGAUUUUUUCCCCUCCGGAAAACAAUAAAAAAAUAUCUUAUGCAUGUUACUUAUCUAGUAAAAGCAUCUUGAUUUAAGUAUUUUUAGAUAUUUAGAUUGGAAACAAGACAAAAAUACUAAAUAAGAAAGGCAUUUUUGCAGUGUUGGUGUAGACAUCAUUAUAUGACAACACAAAUAUUAUGAUUUACUCUAAACUUGGUUAAGGCAUUUACUGACAAAAUUAUUAGGCAAACUACAGUUUUAUUUAACUAUGCAAAUAAAAAAAAAUGCAUAGAAAAACAAAAAGCUGACAGGAAAAAAGCAAUAUAAGGUUUUCUCUUGUUUUUGCAUGUGUUCAUAAUUUCUUUGUAUGACUGUCACACAAUUUGUCCUGUUACAUUGUGUUAUUAUCACAUAAAACAAUGGACUUAAAGCACAAUUAUGCAAUAUGCUUACAAAAUCUUUUAAUAAUCUUUGAAUAAAGAAAAUAUAAAUUUUCAAAGGCUUGACAUCACUUUUGGCCACUACUGUCUAUGUAUAUAUAUAUUGAAUAACAAUAUGAUUUCAUGUAAUGAAAAUAUUGUGCACUUAUGCAGUACACUGAAGUGCAAAGGUCUAAAAUAAAAGGCAGAAUGUGUUUUGUUGUGAGGAUAUUACAGAUUAUUGUGUGUGUGUGUGUGUGUGUGUGUGUGUGUGUGUGUGUGUGUGUGUGUGUGUGUGUGUGUGUGUGUGUGUGUGUGUGUGUGUGUGUGUGAUCAGGAUAAUCCGUGUAACCCUUUAGUGCCCGCGGAGCGUCCAUCGCUUCAGUCUGCUGCAGUGACUUGUUUAUUUCUUGGAUUUCUCUGAAUAGGAUCGAGUCUCCUUUAAAUAUCGCCUGCUGUUGAACGCAUGAGACGGGAUGUGAGCGGGGAUGUUUACAGCUAAGACAGAGAUCCGGCAUGGCAGCGGCCGGUGCUGAUGAGACACGCCGCGGAGCCCGGAUCUUCAUCAUCACCAUCAUCUUCUCCGGCGGUUGUAGCAUCUGAAGCGAUGCAGCUCACAUUCAUCAUGUUCGUUCUGCGUGUGUGAAUCGCUGAGAUGGUUCGGGUCGUCAGUGUUCUGGGUCUGGUGAUGUUCAGCGUCGCUUUGCUCAUUUUGUCAUUGAUCAGUUACGUGUCCAUCAAGAAAGACUUCAUCUUCACCUCCCCGAAAUACGCCAACGCCGGCGGUCCGCGGAUGUACAUGUUUCACGCGGGGUUUCGGUCCCAACUGGCAAUGAAGUUUCUGGAUCCUGCGUUCACGUCCCUGAAUAAUGCCCUCAACGAGAACAUACAGGAGUCCAGCAACUGGAGGUUUAACAAGAGCGCUUAUUUAGAGCAAAGUAAAGAGAUCGCCCAGUACAUCGACGUCCCGCACAACUUCACCCUGACCAAGAGCAGCGUUCGCGUGGGUCAGUUAAUGCACUACGACUACUCCAGUCACAAAUACGUCUUCUCCAUUGGUGAGAACCUCAGGUCUUUGCUUCCGGACUCUUCUCCCGUCCUCAACAAGCGCUACAACACCUGCGCCGUAGUGGGCAACAGCGGGAUCCUGACCGGCAGCCGCUGCGGCCCUGAAAUCGACAAGUAUGACUUUGUCUUCCGCUGCAACUUCGCGCCCACCGAGGUCUUCCGUAGAGACGUGGGCCGCCGGACCAACCUCACCACCUUCAAUCCCAGUAUUCUGGAGAAAUACUACAACAACCUGCUGACCAUCCAGGACAGAAACAAUUUCUUCUUGAGUCUGAAGAAGCUGGACGGCGCGAUCCUGUGGAUCCCCGCCUUUUUCUUCCACACAUCCGCCACUGUCACACGCACACUCGUAGAUUUCUUCGUAGAGCACAAGGGGCAGCUGAAAGUACAGUUAGCCUGGCCGGGAAACAUUAUGCAGUAUGUGAACAGGUACUGGAAAACGAAGCAGCUGUCUCCGAAGCGGCUGAGCACGGGGAUCCUCAUGUUCACGCUGGCCUCGUCCCUGUGUGAUCAGAUCCACCUGUACGGAUUCUGGCCCUUCGGCUGGGAUCCCAACACGGGGAAGGAGCUGCCGUACCACUACUACGACAAGAAGGGCACCAAGUUUACCACCAAGUGGCAGGAGUCGCACCAGCUGCCCACCGAGUUCAAACUGCUCUUCAAGAUGCACGCAGACGGCGUCCUGAAACUCAGCCUCUCCCACUGCGCCUAGAGGGCAGAGGUCAGGGUCAAAGGGUCAGCGGUCAGGACUCAGGGUCGUUUGGUUUGGCUAAUGGACGUUUGUGGUGAUUCGGGGUGGCAACUAUCGACAUCAAGCUCAGCCACUAAUGAUCAGUGUUAGUAAUGAUGAGGAAAGUUGGUACACUUUACAAUAUUUGUUAACUAACAAUGAGCAAUAUAUAUUACAGCAUUUAUUAUGUUUGCUUGACACUUUUCUGAUCCGACUUACGAUUUUCAUUAAACGCGUGAUCAAAACUACGACAGUCCCACAGACUUCCAUUGAGUAUGAAGUCAAGACUUUUGUAGUAUAAUGGGGCGUUCACACUAGAUGCGACUUGCGUGAAUAAAUCAAUGAUUUUGUUCGCCAUUGUUGUUUCGGAUUUCUGCCUCCGCUCGCUACGUCGUAAUCACGUCACUUCUAGAGAAAGCUCCUGAUUGGUUAACGCGGCACGAAUAUUCGCCAAAGUUCCGAUUUUUCACUUCGCGUGAUUCGCGUGAAUCACGUGUUAUGCGCAUCAAACGCCCGAAAUGCUCAAUUCGUGCCGCAGGAUGUCUAUUGCGUCUUUGCAUUGACUUAACAUGUAAAUCACUCGCGCGUAACGCUUCAUUCGCGUCUGGUGUGAACGCAACAUAAUACUUAAAGAGUAUUUAAGCUAUCGCUAGAAAAGCUUAAGGACUAUCCUAGGACAACAUUUUAAAACAUGCAAGUAACUUGCUAAUCAUGCUAGCAACAUGCUAAUCACGCUAGCAAUGUGUUAAUCAUGUUAGCAAUAGGCUAGCAACAUGCUAAACAUGCUAGCAUCAUGCUAGAAACAUGCUAGGAAUGUGCCAAUUCAAGUUAGCAGUGUAUUAAAUUGUUUUGUUAAACGUGUUAAAUCAUGUCAGCAAACAUUCUAAAUCAUGCUAGUAACAUGCUAGCAAUGUGUUAAAUCAUGUGCUAAAUCAUGCUACCAAUGUGCCAAUUCAAGUUAGCAAUGUAUUGUUUUAUUAAACAUUGUCAGUAAACAUUCUAAAUCAUGCUAGUAACAUGUUAACAAUGUGAUAAAUCAUGUGCUAAAGAAUGCUAGAAACAUGCUAGUAAUGUGCCAAUUCAAGUUAGCAAUAUAUUAAAUUGUUUUGUUAAACAAUUUAAGUCAUGUCAGCAAACAUUCUAAAUCAUGCUAGUAACAUGCUAACCUCAUUUUAAAUCAUGUUAGCAACAUACUAGUAACAUGCUAAUCAUGUUAACAACAUGCUAGUAGUGUGUUAAAUCAUGCUAGCACUAAGAUAGCAAAACAUGCUAAUCAUGCUAGAGACAUAGCAACGUGAUGUAAUCAUGUUAACUACAUGUUAAAACGUUAGCAGUGUGUUAAAAAUGCUAACAACAUGUUAAAACAUGCUAGCAACAUGUAACAAGCUAGUCACAGUUAUUUUAAACUUUCAGACCUGGCUUUCUCAAGCCAAUAUCAAAGUUUGUCAUAAAACUUUACUCAUUUUGUUAACCAUUAAUCUUAGUUAAUAAAAAUGAUCAUAUUUAUGUUAGUCCACAGUACAUUAAUGUUAACAGACAUGAAUAUAUAUAGAUAUAUUAAAACAUGUUAGUAACAUGCUAAUGAUGCUAGCAACAUGUUAAUCCAUGCUGAAAAUGUGUUAAUCAUAUUAGCAAUUGGCUAGCAAACAUGCUAGCAAUGUGCUAAUUCAUGCUAGCAAUUUUCCAAUUCAAGUUAGCAAUGUAUUAAAUGAUGUUAGCAACAUGUUAAAUCAUGUCAGCAAACAUUUUAAAUCAUGCUAGCAACAUACUAACCUCAG